AUGCUGAGGAACACGCCGAGCUUCUCAGAAAAGCUGAAAACUGACCAUGUAGGAGCCAGGAAAUCUACCAGAAUAGGAAUUCUAACCGAAAAGAAGAAGGGACAGACGAAAAACCUGUUCCAUUUCCCCAUUGGCUUCCAGAUAAGCACCACGGCGGUCAAUGAAAGGGUUUCAGUCAAUCGGGAUUAUGGCCAUAUGAAUACCAAGGGUUCGGCGACUCCAUAUCCGCAGAAGACGGAAAUUAUGGAUGAAAUGGUCUUGGCGGCCAAACUGGAGUCGGAUAGUCUGAGCCUGUCGAAGAGGAGCAGCACCUCCUCUGUGGCCUCCAAAGAUCUGAAGUUCCCACAAUUGAAAAGUGUUAGCCUACUUCCUCCCACGCUGACCUUUCAGAUGCGACGCAAACUCUUCGACGAGGGCGAGUUCACCGUCUGCAAGGGUCGCAAGAUGAGCGACGUCUUCCAUCCGAUGGACGAAGAUCUGGACGACAUUACCCAACCGGGCCGCAGGAUGGAGUCCAGAAAUAUAACCUGCAGCAACUACAAGCAGCUAAAGGACUACUGCGAAGUGAACAACAUUCGAUUUUCCCAGGGACUCAGCGCUUAG